UGUUUUCUGGUUUUAGAACGCAAUUUUACUGCAGACUGUGUUUUUUUUCUCUUUGUUUCGCUCUCUAUCCCUUUAUUCUCUCCCCAUUUUAUGGUGCUUGCCCUUGUAAUUUUAUUUUCUUCAUCAUUACUAUUUUCAAUUUUAAUUACCCCUUCACGUUUUUCUACUCUCUUUCUUCCUCUAUUUCAGUCUUUAAUCAGCACACAAUCCACAAUGCAAUACCAUGGUCUCAGUUUUUCCCGUUUUCUUCAACCUUUCUUUCUAUAUAUGUCUACUAACACCUUGUGACCUAAACUAAAUUCAAUCCAACUUCAACAUGCUGUAGUUGAUUGCUGCAUUAUUAGUUGAAUUCCUUUCAGUUUUUUUUUACGGGUAAUCGAUUUCUCCUUUGAUCGUUUAUUUUGUGAGAGUGAAUUAUAUGUAUCUACUUUAGUGUUUGUGUUGCUUGUAUGAUGGCACUGAGUUUUGUUGAUUUCAGAGACUGAAUUAUCGAUCCCUAAGCUCGGUUGACAGUUAGGAGUUUUGGAGUUUCUGAGUUUUUUUAUUUUUGAUUGCGGAGAAGGUUUUGGAGUUGGAGAGUGCUAUGAAUUUGGGUGUGGAAAUGUUCGGGACGAGUAGAAGGCACAGGAGCGGUGGGCCUGUGGGACCCGUUUUGAUUUCGAAGCGUUUUGUUUGGCCUCACGGUGGAAGAAUGGUGUUUCUAACAGGUUCCUUCACGAGAUGGACAACAGUUAUACCAAUGUCACCCAGGGAAGGAUGUCCAACUGAAUUUCAAGUUAUUUGCGGCUUAACGCCUGGAUAUCAUCAGUACAAAUUUAAUGUAGAUGGUGAGUGGCGGCAUGAUGAGCAUCAGCCAUUUGUAUGUGGGGACGGUGGGACAGUGAACACUUUUUAUUUAGUGAGACAACCAGUUAUUUUGCCUCCUAUCGUAAAUGCUGAAACACCUGGUCGAUCCUACAUGGAGGUUGACAAUGAUGUCGUUGGGCAUGUGGAAGCUAAACCGAGGAUAUCAGAGUCUGAUCUGCAGGUCUCACGACAUUGUAUUUCGGUUUUCUUGUCUACACAUACGGCUUAUGAGUUGCUUCCCGAGUCAGGCAAGGUUGUUGCCUUGGAUAUAACUUUACCAGUUAAGCAAGCAUUCCAUGCUCUUUAUCAAGAAGGAAUAUCGUCAGCUCCUGUGUGGGAUUCUAGUAAGUGCCAGUUUGUUGGAAUGCUUAGUGCUAUGGACUUCAUUUUAAUACUAAAACAGUUGGGGAUUCAUGGAUCAAACAUGACUGAAGAACAACUGGAGACACGUACUAUAGCAGCAUGGAGAGAGGCAAAGGAACAAGAAUGCGCAAUUGAUAGUAAAGGGAGAGCAUACCCUCAACAUUUAGUUCAUGCUGGGCCCCUUGAGAGUCUAAAAGAUGUUGCUUUAAAAAUUUUGCAAGACAAGGUGGCAACAGUUCCUAUUAUUCAGUCUUCUUCAGAGGAUGGUUCAUUUCCUCAGCUGCUACACCUUGCUUCCCUCUCAGAAAUACUAAAAUGUAUAUGCAGGCAUUUUAAGCACUGUUCGGAUUCCUUGCCCAUUCUUCAGCUACCAAUUAGUACGUUACCUAUAGGUGCAUGGGUGUCAAAAUUGGGGGAAUCCAAUAAACAGCCACUUGCUAUGCUAUGGCCACAUGCUUCUCUUGGCGAAGCUCUAUCUCUGUUGAUUCAAGCUGGAAUUAGCUCAAUACCAAUUGUGGAUAUUAAUUAUUCAUUACAAGAUAUGUAUUCAAGAAGAGAUAUUAUUGCGUUGGCUAGAGAUAAAAUGUAUGCAAGGAUAGAUCUGGAUGGGUUUAGUAUCCAUCAGGCAUUGCUUUUGGGACGAGAUGCAGGUUUUCCUUGCGGGCUGCGCAAUGGGCCGAGAUGUCAUAUGUGUUUGAGAUCUGACUCAUUACACAAAGUGAUGGAGCGCUUGACAAAACCUGGUGUUAGAAGACUUGUGGUUGUGGAGGCGGGUACCAGACGUGUGGAAGGUAUCAUUUCUAUUAGUGACAUAUUCAGAUUAUUGUUAUGCUGCUAGUUGCAUAAAGGGAAUUGCAGUGCUAGCCCUGGAAAGUAAUUGUUCUAUGAAAACUAUUUAUUUAAUGAGUUAUUUAUGCCCCUGCCAUUGUGACCCGCUUGGUUUUAUAUAUAGGAUAGAAAUUGUUGAGAGAAAAGUACUGUAAAUUGAGGGAUUAGUUAUUUAUCCUUUAAACAACAUGACGGUGUCAUGAUUUUCUCCUUCGUGCCGGCACAAAUGCUUUGUUUGUGUCCUGUGCUAACAUAAAUCAAGGAGGAACCGAAAAAAAAAAGGUAUUAUCAUUCCAGAUU